GGAAGGGAACAGCGGAGCGGCGGUGGCGACGGCCAUCUUAGAGCUAACACGGUUACCGAAAACAUAUCUUCUGGAUUUUAUUUUCCUUGUGAGAGAACUAUUCGAGCUGACCGACGGGGACAGAAGAAGGUUUACUUUUGCCGUACCGUGUUUAAAAAAAAAACUCGAAUUCGGGAUGCAGUUCCGAAGGAAUAAACAAUUUGCAUCCGUUGUCGGACUGGUCCUCGGACUAUUAUGUGCGGUGGAGGCAGCUAAAGUUAAUAAGCACAAACCAUGGAUCGAGACAACGUACCAUGGAAUUGUCACAGAAAAUGAUGACAAAGUUCUCCUGGACCCACCGCUUAUUGCACUGGACAAGGAUGCACCACUGCGCUAUGCAGAGAGUUUUGAGGUGACCCUCACCAAAGAAGGUGAGAUUUGCGGCUUCAGGAUCCAUGGACAGAAUGUCCCUUUUGAGGCAGUGGUCCUGGACAAGUCUACUGGUGAAGGGGUCAUCCGGGCCAAGGACAAGUUGGACUGCGAGCUUCAGAAAGAGCACACCUUCACCAUUCAGGCCUACGACUGUGGCGAAGGCCCUGAUGGAGCCAACAUGAAGAAAUCCCACAAGGCCACCGUCCACAUUCAGGUAAAUGACAUCAAUGAGUAUUCGCCAGUGUUCAAGGAGAAGUCCUACAAAGCUACUGUUAUUGAGGGCAAGAAGUAUGACAGCAUCCUAAAGGUGGAGGCAGUGGACGCUGAUUGCUCUUUCCAGUUUAGCCAAAUCUGCAGCUAUGAGAUCGUCACCCCAGAUGUGCCCUUCACCGUUGACAAGGAUGGCUAUAUCAAGAACACAGAAAAACUCAGCUACGGCAAAGAGCACAUGUACAAGCUGACUGUGACUGCGUAUGACUGUGGAAAGAACAGGGCAUCUGAGGAUGUCCUGGUCAAGAUCAGUGUCAAGCCCACCUGCAAGCCUGGCUGGCAAGGCUUCAGUAAGAGGAUCGAGUAUGAACCUGGCACAGGCAGCCUGGCCCUUUUCCCCAGCAUGCACUUGGAGACUUGUGAUGAGCCAAUCACCUCUAUCCAGGCCACUAUCGAGCUAGAGACCAACCAUAUUGGAAAGGGCUGUGACCGAGACACCUAUUCAGAGAAAUCGUUGCACAAGUUGUGCGGUGCCAGCGCCGGCACUGUGGAGCUGCUGCCUGCUCCCAGCAGCUCUGCCAACUGGACAAUGGGGCUGCCCACCGACAAUGGGCAUGACAGCGACCAGGUGUUUGAGUUCAAUGGUACCCAGGCCAUCAAGGUGCCCGAUGGCAUGGUGAGCACCAGACUGAAGGAGCCUUUCACCAUCUCCGUCUGGAUGAGGCAUGGCCCUGGGGCCCACGAGAAGGAGACCAUUCUCUGCAACUCGGACAAGACAGAGAUGAACAGACACCACUACUCCUUGUACGUCCAUAACUGUAGGCUGAUUCUGCUGCUCCGCCAGGACCCAUCAGCUGCAGAGAACUACAAACCAGCCGAGUUCCACUGGAAACUGGACCAGGUGUGUGACAAAGAGUGGCACCACUAUGUGCUGAAUGUGGAGUUCCCCGCUGUGUCCCUGUUUGUGGAUGGGACCACCUUUGAGCCAUUCCUGGUCACAGAAGAUUAUCCCCUCCAUGCCUCCAAGAUUGACACCCAGCUCACCAUUGGUGCUUGCUGGCAAGGUGGCAAUGCUCGCAUGGUCCAGUUUUUCCGUGGAAAUUUAGCAGGGCUGAUGAUCCGUUCUGGCAAACUGGAGAACAAGAAGGUGAUCGACUGCCUUUACACCUGCAAGGAGGGCCUGGAUGUGCAGCUGCCCGAGGAAGUCGCUUCUGCUGUCAAGGUUGAGUUUAAUCCCAACCAGUCCUCUCUGACUGUGGAGGGUGACGACAUUGAUGCCUUUGACAAGGUCAUGCAGCACAUCUCCUAUCUCAACUCCCGUCAGUUCCCCACCCCAGGCAUCAGGCACCUCCGAGUCUCCACCAUUGUUAAAUGCUUCAAUGAGGAGACAUGUGUGACGGUGUCAGACACAGAAGGCUAUGUGAUGGUGCUACAGCCUGAGGAGCCUGAGAUUAGCCUGAGUGGCAUCGACCACUUUGCCCGCAGUGCUGCCGAGUUCGAGAGCCAGGAAGGCGUGACCCUGUUCCCGGAGUUGCGCAUCGUGAGCACCAUCACCCGGGAGGUGGAAGCUGACGAAGAGCCCGAGGUCUCUGAGGAUAACCCCACAGUCCAUGAGACAGUGGUGUCUGAAGAGAUCAUGCACAACCUUGACACGUGCGAGGUGACUGCUGUGGGAGAUGAGCUGGACGGGGAGCACGAGAGCCUGGAGGUGGACCUGGCCCAGCUCCAGCAGCAUGGCCUAGAGAUGAGUUCCUCCAACCUGGGCCUUGUCAUCACUGGUGUGAACACCAUGGCCAACUAUGAGCAGGUCCUUCACCUGAUUCGUUACAAGAACUGGCAUACUGAGGCUCUCUUUGACAGAAAAUUCAAGCUGGUCUGCUCUGAACUCAAUGGCCGCUACAUCAGCAAUGACUUCAAGGUCGAGGUGAAUGUGAUCCACACAGCCAACCCAAUGGAGCAUGCUAAUAAUGCCAUGGUUCAGCCCAACUUCAUCAACCCCAUUCACCAUGCCUCUGUGGAUCUCUCCGGACACAACUUAGUCAACGCGCACCAGGCCUCAGUGGUCCCCAGUGCUGCCACCAUCGUCAUUGUGGUGUGUGUCAGCUUCCUGGUGUUCAUGAUCAUCCUUGGAGUAUUUCGUAUCCGGGCGGCCCACCAGCGCACUAUGAGGGACCAGGAGAACGGCAAGGAAAACGAGAUGGACUGGGAUGACUCUGCCCUCACCAUCACUGUCAACCCCAUGGAGACGUACGAGGACCAGCACAGCAGUGAAGAGGAAGAGGAGGAGGAGGAGGAGAGCGAGGACGGCGAGGAGGAGGACGACAUCACCAGUGCUGAGUCGGAGAGCAGUGAGGACGAGGAAGGUGGAGAGCCCGAGGACCAGCAGGGGGCCAGCAGACAGCAGCAGCUUGAGUGGGAUGACUCCACCCUCACCUACUAGGACACUACCUGCUUAUACACCACACACAACACACACACACACACACACAUGCACAUCACAGCACAAGCUGCUCUGCAUACAUAAGCACCUCACACACACCACUCACUCCCACUCUCAUGAAAACCGCCCUUAGUAGGCUGCUCGAGCAGACACACACAGACAUGUUCCCAUACAUACUCCCUUGCAAAUUCCUUUCCA